AUGGGCAAACUCCUGCUCCUCCUGCUGCUGGGGGCUUUUGUUCUUGUGUUGAUCCAAGCCCAAGCAAUAAUCUGCAUGUCCUGCAAUAUGUUUGUGAAUGGCAAAUGUAUCAAAGGUGAGGGUAAAUGCACCAUGGAGGAAGGCGGUGCAUGCAGUACGAGGGAUAUCUAUCAUUUCAAAGCAAGAGGUGGGUUUCUCUACAACCAUACUAUACUGGAAUGUUCUAAAUCAUGUAAGACUUCAGAAGAGAGUUAUUUUCAUCUGAAAAUUUCAACCUUUUGUUGCAAAAGUCAAGAUUUCUGCAAUAAAUAUAAAGGAAAGUGA